AUGUUGAGUAUGACCAAACCAACGAGCAUGAACAAGCAAAUAUUGAUGAAGUAUCUCAGUUUGCCACAGCCUGAGGAUAAAGUGCAGUGUAUGUACGUGUGGAUUGAUGGCACUGGAGAAGCCCUCCGAGCUAAGACUAAAACUGUUAACUUUGUACCAAAACACCCCAAAGAUCUACCCAUCUGGACCUAUGAUGGCUCCAGUACGUAUCAAGCCAAAGGACUAAACUCGGACAUCAGCCUUCAUCCAGUGGCCAUCUACAGGGAUCCUUUCCGCGGAGGGAACAGCAAGCUCGUGCUGUGUGAGACGUACAAGUACAACCAAGAGCCCACAGAAAGCAACCACAGAAAAUCCUGCGUAGAAGUGAUGGAGAAAGUAAAGGAUCAGCAUCCUUGGUUUGGUAUUGAACAAGAGUAUGCCAUCCUCGAUACUGAUAAACAUCCCUUUGGUUGGCCCAAAAACGGUUUUCCCGGACCUCAAGGUCCUUAUUACUGUGGUGUAGGAUCGGAUAAAGUCUAUGGGAGAGACGUGGUUGAAUCGCAUUAUCGUUCGUGUCUUUAUGCUGGAAUUACGAUCGCAGGGUCAAAUAGCGAAAACAUGCCAGCUCAG